UAGUUUUUUUGUCCUUUUAUGCAUCCAACUGUCACUGUUCCAUUCCUACUCUUCAGUACCCUUCUUUCUACUCAAAGUUAGGGCUUUUCACCAAGUUGCAGAUUCAUUUCCAUUCCAGAUUGCAGAAAUGGGAAUGCUCAGAUAUUUUACUCUUGCCGCUGCUUCAUUUGCUUCAAUUGCAAUUUCUCCACGCAUUUUAUUCCGCCUACAAAAUCCUGGAACUAUUCCAUACAUUAAUCGAACCCGUUUCAUUGACCCAACAAAAGCUUCCACCGAGAGGAUUUCUGGUCAGAGAGAGUUUGAAGAGUGGAAACAACAGUUUCAAGGGAUGACAUUACCUUCAACACAUUCUCAUAGUGUUAGGGUUACAAGGAUCGCCAAAAAUAUUGUUGGCUCUAUGCAUUCAGAGAUCAACAAAUUGAGGUCUAUUUCUGAGGAUAUUUCACAGUAUGGCUUUUUGCAUCGUGUUUGGUUGCGUAUGACACGAAAGCUACCACCUUCUUUGUCUCAUUUGGAUGGAUUGAAUUGGGAGGUUUUGAUCGUGACUGGUGUCCCUGUUCGUUAUUUUCCUGCUUUAGUUUGUCCGGGAGGGAAGAUUAUUGCAUCCACUGCUUUCAUUGAGCUUCAUCCAAGUGAUGUAGAGUUAGCAACUAUGCUUGCACAUGAGAUUGCGCAUAUUAUGGCACGGCAUGGCUGUGAAAGGCGUACAAAGGUCGAGUUGAUUUCUAUGAUACACCGUGUGCUUAAUCGAUUUGUCACCAUUGAUUUUUACCAAACAGUGAGGAAUUGGAUUGAUCAUCGGUUUGAAUUUGAAGCGGAUUACAUUGGGCUUCUACUAAUGGCAGCAGUUGGCUAUGAUCCCCGGCAAGCUCCUAAAUACUAUGAGAAGAUGGCAAUGUUUGAUGUUCCUGUGAAAUAUCCUGUGCUUGCAAGGUUUUUAGUUAGCCAUCCAUCAGGUAGAGAAAGAGCCAAAGCGGUGGCUCGACCAGAGAUAAUGAAGGAAGCUCUUCUUUUAUAUAAUGAUUAUAGAGGAAGGCGUGGGGUUGAAUGAUUUCAUUCUUCAGGACAGGUCAUUCAUUACAUCCACAAACUACAGAGUGCAUUCUGUUGAAACUUUUAGAAAAGGUUUUUAUUUUUAGUUAACUUCUAUGUUUGCUUCGAUCUCUGUGGAAUUUUGCCAAUGAAAAAAGACCAUUGCACUAGUACCAUUAUAAAAACUGUACUGCGCCUUCUUUAUUGCAUUGUGGAUGUAUAUGGUUUCUAAGAAUUAUUUUACUUGC